UCAAAAAAAAAACUUUGAAUAAAUGAAACAGUUGUGAAAGGAAACAAUCCUUUCUCCUGUCUCUGUUUCUGUGACAAACUAAACUACAAAACUCUCCCCUUCCCCACCACCACCACCACCACCACCACCACCACCUCCUCCACCACCACCACAUAACCCUCUCUUGAAUUUUCUUGAUAUUUCAUGUUUCCAUUUCUUGAUUUUCUUGGUUUCAUUUGAGUUUCUUGUUUUCAUUUCUUGAUUUUCUAGGUUUCAUUUCUUUCAUUCUUGACUCUUGUCAUAUAUGCCUAUACCAUAUGUCCCAACCUCCACCACCACCACCUUCAAAUCUCCCUCUCCUCCCUUUCUCCACCACCACCGCCGCCGCCAUCACUCCCAUCACUAGCGGCAGCAGCAACCGUGAAUACAGAAAAGGAAACUGGACAAUUCAAGAAACCCUAACUCUUAUAACCGCCAAAAAACAAGACGACGAGCGUCGCUCAAAGCCCAACAGCAGCUCCACCAGCGUUGCUUCCACCUCCAAAACAGGCGAACUCCGGUGGAAAUGGGUGGAAAACUUCUGCUGGGCUCAUGGCUGUUUCCGUAGCCAAAACCAAUGUAAUGAUAAAUGGGAUAAUCUCCUCCGUGACUUCAAGAAAGUUCGUGAUUAUCAAGCAAGAUCCAAUGGCGGUAAUUCUGAUCAUAAUAAUUUACCUUCCUAUUGGACAAUGGAGAGACACCAAAGAAAAUAUUAUAAUCUUCCUUCUAAUCUCUCUCUCGAAGUUUUUCAAGCUCUUAACGAAGUUAUUCAAAGAAGAUAUAACACAAACAUCAUUGCACCACCGCCACCUCCGCCACAACAAGAGGAGCAGCAGCAGCAGCAUGCUUCAACAUUUCCACCUCCACCACCACCACCUCCGCCUCCUCUUUCUCUUCCAGCUCCGGUAACGACUCUCCCACCGGAAGUCAUGCCGGAGAGAGUGGUCAUGGAUGCCCCGGCGAUCUCAGAAGCGUCAGAAUCAUCAUCAGCUACAGAAUCAAGUCACGAGACAGGUUCUAAACGAAGGAAAGUUCGAAGAAACACGGGCGAUAGCAUUAAGAAGGGUGCCUCCAUUUUAGCUCAGACAAUUCGAAACUGCGAAGAGAAAAAAGAUAAGCGACACCAGCAGCUUAUGGAGUUCGAACAGCGUAAACUCCAGCUCGAAGAGACCCGAAAUGAAGUGAACAGACAAGGAAUGGCUAAUCUUGUUAUGGCUGUUACCAAGCUUUCUACUGCUAUUCAGUCUUUUAUAUCAGACCAAACAUGAGACUAGUGUUAUUACUAUUUAAUGAUUAAUAUUCGUGUCCUGAUUAUUUCUUUCAGACUCAUUUGAUGGGAUAUUAAUUGAUGUUUAAUAUGUUGGUAAAUUGAAAUGUAGAUUAUUCUGAUUUUUAA